AUGGCCAAGCAGCUUCCCAAGCACAACGGGUCUCGCGAGCCGCUGCACGAUCACAAUCUGUCGGUAGCCCACUUUUUGCCGCUCACCGACCAUGAGCGACGAACGUGGAACGAUGAUGCCGCUGUCAACCCACGGAACUUUUCGGCCUCAGUGUCACCACCCCGUCCACGCAGCCUCCAGAGCGCUCAAGCCAUCCUGGAUGCGCUUGACACCCUUGAUGCUUUCUUCCUCCCAUCUGCCUACGGCUCUCCUACAGCAUCCCAAUACUUCAGUUGCGCCAAAAGAUUUUGUACCACUCUCAAUCGGCGCUUCCCAAUUACCCCCCUCAGUGUCCCCGUAGUUGUGGCAUGGUUGGACGAUCAAUUUCACUCGUUUGGCAGCGCAAUCGCAACCGAUUUCCAAUAUGCUCGUCGUCCUUCCGUUUACACACAGUCCUUCACUACGUUCGACAUCAACAGGCCAGCCUCAUACCAGCUGCAAAUGUGUAUAACGCAGGCGUACCUCGUAUCUCAGCCAACCCGCACCGUCCAUCACAACCCUACACGACACUCGACAACUACGGUGCAAUCCGACAGCAUCGGCCAGCAUUCCACUGCACAGCACUCUAGGGUGGGCAUUCCACCAGCAGUCCGAGACAAUAUUCCCACCUCAGACGGCAAGUCAAUUUGUCUGCGUUUCUUGUCCAACAAAGGAUGCAACGCUGGCCCUCUGGGUGCAUUGUGCGGCAGAGGUUCACGGGCCCGUAUUCACGCAAUUCCCACUCGCCUGCCAUCGUCUGUGUCAUCCCACAUAGUUACACACCUCAACGGCUUGAAACAGGAAUAUUCGCACCUCGCUUGA